CGGAAGUGGAGAUUUGUAAACGUCGUCUGCUUCAUUUACACAUAGAAGACAUUUGACACUUAUUUUCGAUGAAUAUAUCUUGUAGUGAGGAGUUACUUCCCCUCCAGUGGUACGCCACCCUUUCCCCUGAUGCUCAGCGAGUCAUGUUGUCACUACAGAGGAAGUACACCAAGAUGCGAGACCAAUACCUGCUGGCACAAAUGAAGAAGGAGCGUCUGUCUCAAGAUCCAAAUGAAUACUACAGAUCACUUUAUUCCAAUCAGUUCAAGGCUGAACCUCCUUCUUGUCGAUCUACCACCAACACCAACAACUAUCCACUUCAGAAUCUGAGAAAUAACAACAAUUAUGUUAUUUCUCAAAGAACUGGAUCACAGCUGAGCAUAAAUGACCCUAUUCACAUCAAAACAGAACCUCCAGAUUCACCAUUUGUCAAUGACCAUAUUUUUAAGAGACCUUUUGAAUUAGCACAGAAAAGUAAAAUAAAUUUCAUGCAGUCAAAUGCAGGCAAAAAUGGCCCUACCAUUAAACAGGAUACAUUUUAUGAGGAGACUUCAACAGAAAAUGAAAGCGCUACUAACAAAUAUGACCUUGAUGCUAUUAGUCUAUUAGCAGCCAAUGACAGAGAAAGGGCAAAACUUGAAAAAAGGAAAAGACCUAAAGCAUCAUUAUUUGAGGACUUUCACAGCCCAAAGAAACUGAGGGCAUAUGAUUUAAACAUGAAGGAGAUAACUGGGAAUCAAAAACUUUCAGAAACUGUCAUGGAAAAUCAGCAUAGAAGUUCCAGUUCAGAAUGUUCCAAUAAACCACAAUCAGUGGUUGAUGCUAUACCAGAGACCUCUUUUCAACCUGGGCUUCCUGGAACAAUGUGAGUUGACCCUGGUUCCUCCCUUGCCUCCAGAAGCUAACGGCUCCACCAUGACAAUUGAUGAUGAAGAUCUGUAUUUAGCAUCUCAAGAUCUUUUCACAUCCCAGGUAGAACCAUUGCAAAUCAGCAGUGAAGAGAUAACCUUUGAUCAAAACCAAGAGCUUGAUAUGCAGAGGAUGCAUAUUCAGAAGAAACAUGAGCUAAGCAUUGUCCAUGAAGAACACGACUCAAAUAUGAAUCUAGAUGUUCCAUGUUAUCUGGUUGACCACAAGCAGCAAGAAUCAGUGCCUACAGAGAGAUGUUUUAAAUCCCAGCAUCUAUUCUAGAGAGCAGAAUAAGAAAAAUACCUUUCUUAUUCAUGGAAACACAAUCCAAAGUAAGACACUUGGGGCACCUGUUUCAGCUGAGCAGACAGAUAAGAUGGAAGAUAGAAACAUGAAUACAGUAGUAGUUAUUUCAGAUGACAAACAAAGUGCUCCAGGUUUGCAGAAAAAAGGAUGUCAGAGUCACAUUGACAGCUAUUUUCAGCAGCAACCCUGUUCUGUUGCUAGGAAGCUGGAAAUAAACAAGCAGAUGAGGGAAGCAGAGAGAAAGGUGAAAGUAUCAACAACCUUGCCAGGAGAAAGCGAUAACACUGACAAGAUUCCCAGGAUUCCAGAUUUUUGCAAAGCAAAGAAGUCUAAAAUCUGUGGAAAGCAAACUAAUCAGUUACAUGAAGACUACACAACAGUUGGGGAUGCAAGUGUCAUAGAGAUGCAACACUUGUCAGAAGAGUCAAGGAACAGAAUGAGGCAAGACAUCUGCAGCAGUCAGUUUGUAUGCAUUAGUCUUGUGUAUUCAGACAAUACUACCAGCGUGAGGUGCUUCCAGCCAGCAGGACUAAAGCUGAAGUUUGUAGCUAUGAAGGCAUUCACUUUGAAGUCCCAUCCAGGAUCGUCUGUGGCUCUGUUUUCCUGCACAGCAGAUGAUAAAUUCUACAUGAACUGGUUCAAAAACCUUAUCUUAGAUAUAAUGGAGAAUAACAGCAUUGAGAAAAUAGUGAUGAAUGGAAAGCAAGUAUGCAUUGAACUGCUCAAGCUUCUGGAAGAAACCUGGAAUAAAGAUUGUUCUUCAUGGAAACUUCUGGAUCCAGUUGUUGGCUCCUGGCUGCUGAAUUCUGACAAACCACCUCGGUGUCUACAAGAUGUCAUCAAGGAGUCCGGAGUCCGACACACCAUCAGUGUGAUUCACGAUGGUGUGAAAAGUCUGGACUCGGAUCUAUCCCUCCUCCAAGACAUGAUGACCAAGAUGAGAGAGCGGCUAUGGUCACAUGAUCUCUGGGGGUUAUUCUGCAACAUUGAGACAUGCCUGAUUCCCUUGUUAGCUCAGCUCGAGAUGCAGAGAUUCAAAGUCAACACAGCCACAUUUGUUGCUUUUUCUAAUAUACUAAAGAAAAAGCUUACAAAGCUGGAAGAAAAAGCCUUUGCUUCAGCAGGGCAUAGUUUCUGUAUCAACAGUCAUCCCCAGCUCAGACAGGUUCUGUAUGAAGAGCUUCGACUGGAUGAGAAGUUACCAGGUAAGAGUAAGAUAGCCAAGACCACUGUUGCCCAUCAGAAGUCGACUUCCGAAGCCACCCUGACCCAGCUGAAGGACACUCAUGCUCUACCUGCAAUAGUGUUGGAAUAUAGGCAGCUCCAGAAGCUGAAGUCUACCUAUGUUGAUGGGAUGGCAUCCUGUGUGAGGAAAGGCUACCUGUCUACCCACUGGGACCAGACAGCUGCUGCCACAGGGAGACUCACAUCAUCACAGCCAAACAUACAGGCCAUCCCUAAGGUCCCUGUCACCAUCACAGAUGUUCAGGACAACUUUAUUGUUGGUAAAGUAAGUGAGCAAACCACACAGAUCUUUGCUCGAGAACCGUUCAUCAGCCAUGACGGGCACCUGUUACUGGCAGCAGACUUUCAACAGAUAGAGUUACGACUGUUAGCUCACCUGGCUGAUGACCAAGUCCUUCUGGGUAUCUUCAACAAUCCUCAACUCCAUGACAUCUUCAUUGAACUCACAUCACAAUGGUUGGGCAAGUCAGUUGAUGAAGUCAGUCCACCAGAGAGAGAACAGACCAAGAGAAUAGUCUACUCAGUCAUGUAUGGAGUGGGCAAAGAGAAGUUGGCUGAUUAUCUCAAAGUGAGCUCCAAUGAUGCCAAGGCUAUCAUGACUAGCUUCCUCACAAAAUUCCCUGCUGUAAACAGCUUCACGAAGAAGUGUGUCGAGUUCUGCCAACAACAUGGUUUCACACAUACAAUUUUCAAGAGGAAACGCCUCAUCCCACACAUUAAUCAUCCAUCUCCCCAGCUGAGGGCACAGGCUGGGAGGCAGGCUGUUAAUUUCUGUGUUCAGGGAUCAGCUGCUGAUUUGUGUAAGGCAGCUAUGCUACAGGUCCAAAGUCAUCUCAACAAGCAUGGCAUGAGUUCAAAAGUUAGACUUCUCGCCCAGAUCCAUGAUGAACUGCUGUAUGAGGUGCAAGAAGAACACCUAGACAAAGUCAAAGGUAUUGUGAAAGAUGUCAUGGAAGACAGCAGAGCUCUCUGUAUGGACAUGGCAAAACUCAAUGUCCCAAUCCGAGUGACACUUAGUACAGGAACAUCAUGGGCACAUCUACAGUCUUCUGAGUAAACUUGUGACUUUCAACCAUCAGUUUGAGGUUGGACAGACAUUUGAUUGUCAGCUUAGUCUGUUAUGCAAACAUGAGACCAUGAGUUUAUGACAUUAGACAAUCAUAUGAAGAUCAGUUUAAACCGGUAUGCUGACAUGUAAACUUUAUUAUAAGCUAAUAUACUGACAUACAGUAAAUUGUUUUUGAAUUUGGAAUGUA